CAUCCAUCCAUCCAUCCAUCACCCAAUCCACUCCGCCGCCUCCGGCCACUUCGCCGCUGCCCAAGAGAUAGCUAGCUCUGCAGCCGCAAGUGCCAGGCCACCAUUAGCCGCCGAGAGGCUCCGCCGGCAAUCCUCACAGCAGCAGCGUCACAGAGGUAAUAGCCCCAGACCGCACGCACCAUCCGUGCCCCAUUCUCCUCACCCGGUUCGUGCUGUCAGUCUCUCUGACUCGAGCCCUGUGCAGUGAUCGGGCGAGGUAGGUGUGGACGAGUGCUUGGGGGCUUGCAGGUUACCAGAGCAAAAAAAAUUCCCGGAUUAAUAAUACUAGCAGCAGCAACGGCGAUCUUCUCACAGUCAAGAGCGCGAGAAACAAGCGCUCAGCUGUUUUCAAGGUUAUAGGAUUCUUGUAGAUUUGUUGAUUCAAAGACACCAAGGUUUGGUCCUUUCUGCUGCUUUUGCAAAGGAGAGACAAGAAAUUGUUUUAGGAUUCAUUUCUGGAGAAAUUCAACGAAGGGAGUAGAAUAUUUGCUACAAAUUCUGUGCCAACAUGUGUGCUUAUGCUGCUGCUUGGUUUCUUGAUGUGGAGGUUGCUAUGUUGCAACGAUAUAUCAUGUCGACAUUAGUGGAAUGCUGAUGACAUGAGUCUGUGGUCGCUCCAGGUUCAUUUGCCCUUGUGUUCUAAGUAUCGCUGGGGCUAGGAACAUGUGGUCUCCGUUUCAUGACCUUCAUGAGCUGUUCUGCGGUCAGCUCUAGCGGCAUUGCGCUCCGGCUUCUCAUAGAGGAGAGGAUCCGGCGCCGGGGUGCCUGCGCAUGUGAUAUGCUCGCUCUCGGUUCCCAGAGGAGGAGGGUGAGGCACCCUGUGGUCUUUGCGAAGAAGAGGAUGCUGCCGAAGAGGUGGCAGCGGCCGUGGUGGAAGACAUUUUUCUCGGAUUGGAACGAUGAUGAAGAGAGCUUGUCUGGCUGGAGGGAGGAUGGUGAAUUGUUGGAGGAGAUUGGCAGUGAGAAAGAACUGUCGGAGAAUGAGAAGUUUGAGACAUGGAAGAGGAAGGCCGAGGCUAUUGUCGAGCUCAGGGAAGCCCAGCAGGACGCUAUGAAUGCCGAGGAGCGGUCGUGGGAGGAUUGGAUCAGUGGAGGCAGCACGUCAGGGGGUGGCGACUGGGGCGGGGAUGUGAGUGUGUCAGACCAGAUAACUGAUGAUCCUGCAGAGAUAGUGAGGGAUAAGAGCUUUAUUGAAGUUUUCAGAGAUUCCAUUGAUGAAGAUUAUGAUGACAUGCUGUUUGAAGAUCGAGUUUUCUUGUAUGCCUCAACGAACUCGGCCAAAUUUCUGGCGUUACUGAUUGUGGUUCCGUGGGUGAUAGAUUUUCUUGUUCAUGACUAUGUUAUGAUGCCCUUUUUAGAAAGGUAUGUCCAGAAGGUGCCGCUUGCUGCUGAGUUGCUUGACGUAAGACGCAGCCAGAAGCUCCAGAUGGUUAAAGACCUAAAGAUUGAGAAGGCAAGAUACCGUUUUGAAGUAGAGAUUGGUAAAUCUCCUCCACUUUCUGACGAGGAGGUCUGGACAGAGUUGCGGGAAAAAGCGAUAGAGUUGAGAGAUGAGUGGAGAUUAGAAAACCGGAAAGCUUUUGCAAAUAUAUGGUCCGAUGUGGUUUAUGGGGUUGUGCUAUUCGUUCUUAUCUGCUUCAACCAGAGCAAAGUUGCAAUGCUGAAGUUCACAGGAUAUAAGUUGCUAAAUAACAUUUCGGACAGUGGGAAGGCCUUUCUUAUUAUUCUAGUGUCAGACAUCCUGCUAGGAAGUCCACUAGAUGCACUUUUGCAGGUACCAUUCAGAGUCAGGUUGGCAUACAUUAGUAGAAGUCAUUCUCGAGCACUACGGGCUUGAAGCCGAUCAAGCUGCAAUCACAUUUUUUGUUUGUCUGGUUCCAGUUGCGUUGGAUGUAUUCAUAAAGUUUUGGGUAUACAAAUACCUUCCAAGAUUGUCACCUAGUGUGGGCAACAUUUUGGAUGAAAUAAAGCGCCACUAGAGAAUUUUUUCAUCAGGUUUUAGUUUCUUUCAUCAGGGAAAUGCUUGGAAAAUGUCACUUUCCAGGAGAAUAAAAGAAGAAAUUUAUUGCUUCAACAACAUGGAUGCACAUUUAUGUAUGUUAUGUUAUUGUCAGUUCAUGUUUUGGUAAGAAAAUCAACCGAGGUAGCAGUCAAUGAAUCACUUGGACAAGUAUUACAGUUCUGAAGAAACUCUUCUUCUGAAGGCCUCACUUAGAAUGGCUGCCUGGUCAGCAAUCGAGCGUCAGGCUAUUUGUCCCGCGUGAUUGGGAAUUUCAGAAGUAACCUGAACAAAUUCUUAUUCUAAACUAUGUCGCAUGGAAGAUUAUGUGCUAGAAAUAAACUCCGGGUGAACUAUAAGAUUGUGCUCGUGCACCAUAGAUAAUCUACAGCAAAAUCCAUGUUCUUUUGGUCUGAUAUUUCUCAAUGGCAAGCAAUUUUGCUUCAGAAAUUAUCACAUGAGGAGUCUUCAGCCUUAAUUCAAUUUUGUGCUGUGUAACUUCUGAAGAAACUAUUGUGUUUGUACAAACAAUUGCAGGGCAAUGGCAAAUUGUUCUUGUGGCA